AUGGUAUUCCCUAAUAAUUACUAAUUUUCAUAUUCAAACUUCGAUUAAACUUAGAAGAUUGAUAAUUAUUACAAAAAAGUAACGAAAGAAAUUUCAUAAAUCGUUCAUGAAUAUAAGUAGUAACUAAAAAAAAAGCAGCAUCACUUUGACAAUCUAAAGGCUUUGCUCUCCUAUAAACUAAAAUAUGAUAUUUCAUAUCAAGGCCCAGGUGGGGACUUGCUCAUGAAAUUCUAAAAUUCACUCCAAAUUUAUAGAGGUCUCUUUUAUAUUCUCCAUAAACCUUGCAUGAAUGUCAAUUGCACUUUUUUCACUCUAGAAUAAUUUGAAUUAGUAAAUAAAUUAGAGUUCAGAAAUUCAUUCUAAUAACUUACUACUAACCAGACCCUAUAAACAACCAAUUAAUGA